CUAAAUUGAGCUGACUAAAAGGAAAUUAAAUGAUGUUCUACCGUUUCAAUCAAUUCUGAUUUAAGGGCUGUCGAGAUUUACUCAUUUAAUUUGGUUUUAGCUCGGGAGUUGAAUGUAAAUUUGGAUUUGGAGAAGGCCCUCUUAAAGUUUGCGCCCAGUUUUGGAUUUUCUUCAUGUUUCCUCUUCGGCGUUUCAAUGCAUGCGGUUCCUGAGUGAUAAGCACUGUAGUUUUAGCUCCAGAAGACCGAUUUCAUCAUAUUGCCAUUUAUCCAGAUAUGCUAAGUGUUUGUGGUGGUUGGUUGUUUAUUUGUCGCAUUGUGGUGCUAUAACGGACUGACAGCCAUCUGUUAAGAGAAGUUUUGCCAUUAUAUUCAUCAGAGACUGCUUUCUUCUAAAUUAUUUGUGUCCUUUUAGUUAUUCCACUGGGAACAUUGUUUGGUUGCAUCUCAGAUACUGAUAUGAGCAGAGAAGAGUUAGGAAAUGCUAUAACUGUAAGAGCCAAACCAAUAGCUCUAAUGGUUGUGAAAGCAAAUGGCCAUAGGGAUGAUGAAGGAGAGUCAAAACUUGAACCUCACGUGGGGCUGGAGUUUGAUUCAGCAGAAGAUGCACAGGAAUUUUAUAAUCUUUAUGCCACACAAGUAGGUUUCAGAAUCAGAAUUGGCCAGCUUUAUAGGUCUCGUGUUGAUGGUUCUGUUAUUUCUAGGAGAUUUGUAUGUUCAAAGGAGGGUUUUCAGACCAAUUCAAGAACUGGUUGUCCUGCUUUCAUAAGGGUGCAAAAGGCUGAUUCUGGGAAAUGGGUUCUUGCUAAUAUCAACAAGGAACAUAACCAUGAACUUGAACUUCCUGGUGAGAUCUGCCCUUCGCGUAUACAGAGGAAAUCUCUUCCAAACCCCAGAACAACAGCUGUCAUUUCUACUAGGACAGGAAUUAGAUCACAUGAGGAAGAAGGUCCAUCCGGUGUUGUUGAUGCCAAACGACUCAAACAUGAUGAAUUUAGAGGAGAACCAGCAGGUGAACCAUACAAAGGUCUUGAGUUCACUUCUGCUAAUGAAGCAUAUCAGUUUUACUGCACGUUUGCAGCUAGUACAGGGUUCAGAGUUCGGAUUGGUCAGUUAUUCCGUUCUAAGCAUGAUGGGUCUAUUACAUCCCGAAGAUUUGUCUGCUCAAAGGAAGGGCAUCAGCACCCUUCUAGAGUAGGUUGUGGAGCAUUUAUGAGGAUACAAAGACAAGAAACAGGAAGGUGGGUUGUUGACCGUCUUCAGAAGGAACACAAUCAUGAAUUUGACACUGCAACUGAUGCCAGUCAGAGAACAACUUCUGUGACAAAGGGAUUUAGAGAAGAAGUAAUCAGUGGGUUGGAAAAUUUGGAUCUAGUUGAAACAAAUGGUGGUCUUAGUCUAGUUAAAAGAGGCCGAGAAAGUAAUAUUGGAAGUGAUUGGUACAAUGUACUUCUUGAAUAUUUUCAGUCUCGGCAAGCGGAAGACACAGGAUUUUUCUAUGCAGUGGAGAUGGAUAAUGGCAAAGCUAUGAGCAUCUUCUGGGCUGAUGCACGGUCUAGAUUUUCCUGCACUCAGUUUGGGGAUGCCAUCGUAUUUGAUACGGGAUACAGGAGGGGUAGUUAUUCAGUGCCAUUUGCAUCAUUUGUUGGCGUUAAUCACCACCGGCAGCCAGUACUUCUUGGCUGUGCUCUAAUUGCUGAUGAAUCUGAGGAAUCAUUUACUUGGGUGUUUCAAGCAUGGCUUAGGGCUAUGUCUGGCCGGUGUCCUGUGUCAAUAAUAGCUGAUCAGGACAAAGCAAUUACAUAUUCCAUUGCGAAUAUUUUUCCUGGGACACAUCAUCGGUUUUCUUCAUGGCAAAUGCUGGCCAAGGAACAAGAAAACCUGGGAGCACUGCUGUCCUUGAACUCUGAGUUCAAAUAUGAAUUUGAGGCUUGUAUUUCACAGAGUCAGACAGCUAGCGAAUUUGAUUCUGCAUGGAAUGUUCUAAUUAAUAACUAUAAUUUGAAAGAGAACACGUGGUUGAAGGAAAUGUACAGGAUGCGUAAAAGUUGGGUUCCUUUGUACAUAAAGGGCACGUUCUUUGCAGGUAUCCCAGUGGAUGGAAGCAUAAAGUCUUACUUUGGUACAGUAUUGACAGCACAUACUCCCCUUAAUGAAUUUGUUAUACGUUAUGAGAAAGCAGUUGAACAGCGACGUGAAGAUGAAAGAAAAGAAGAUUUUAACUCCUUUAAUUUGCAGGCAGUUUUGCACACAAAAGAUCCCAUAGAAGAACAGUGUCGAAGGCUUUACACAAUAAUAAUGUUCAAAGUCUUUCAGAAGGAGCUCUUAGAAUGCUAUAGCUAUGCUGGAAUAAAGAUUAAUGUUGAAGGUGCUAUUAGCAGGUAUAUAGUGCAGAAGUGUGGCAAUGGGGAUGAAAGGAAUACUGUUGCAUUUAAUGCUUCAAAUCUUAGCAUCAGUUGCAGUUGUAAACUCUUCGAAUUUGAAGGCAUGCUUUGUAGACAUGCGUUGAAGGUGUUCCAAAUUAUGAACAUAAGGGAACUUCCAUCUCGUUAUGUCUUACAUAGGUGGACCAAGAACGCAAAAUAUGGAAUACUGCGUGAUAUUGAUUCAGGUGGUGGCUCACAGGAUCUCAAGGCAUUGAUGCUGUGGAGUUUGAGGGAAGAAGCCCGCAAUUAUAUUGAUGCUGGAGCAGCAUCAUUAGAAAGAUAUAAGUUGGCCUUUGAGAUCAUGCAGGAGGGUAGGAGAAAUCUCUGUUGGCAAAAUUAGGAUGUAUCUCAGGCAUAAGUCAUUUUUCUUCUCUCUUCUACGGUUUACCUCCAAGAUCAGAUGACUCUAGUUCUGAAUUCUGACGCUUAAAAUCAAAUGUGCGGCAGGUUUUGCUGGGCUUCAACUCAUAUAAUUAUAAAAUUUUCCUCAGUAUUUCCCUCAUUUUUUCGAAGAAUUGGAAGUGAAAUGUUGUCUUGAAUUUUGAAGUCAGCUGAUUCAUAACUGAUGGUUGAGCACCAUCUCAAAAGAAAAGGAGUUUCCCUGUAACAUCCUCUGUUUCAGUUGCGUUUCGUUUCCUGAUCACGGGCUCAAGGCAUUGUAAGUGUCGAUGUCUUUUCAUUGA